AUGGAUGUUAUGGUCCAGACGUUCGUGAAGGAUGAUAAAUUGUGCAAGCGAUAUGCGCAAUUUGCAUCCGAUUUAGAUCGAUGGCAUUUCAGAAUCAUCUACUGGUUCAUGUUUGUGCUGAAUCUCAUGAUUCUAUUCGUUGCAUCAUGGACAUAUACAAAGGGCCAAGAAGCCAUCGCGCUAUACAGCCAUGACCCACGAAAGCGUUCAAGAAAGCUAGUCAAGUACAUGUUGAUGUGCCUCGCCUGCGUAAUCGUGUCGGCUGGCGUCGUCAUCAUGGAAGCCUUUGCUCUCCUGGCCCUGCAGUUCUGCGAUGGCGAGAAUCUGAUAUCCCUGUACUGGUCCACGUGGACCAUGACUCAGGUCGGGUCGCUAAUAGCGAUGAUGGGUAUCAUUCUCGCCAUGGCACACUCAUUGAGAAACAGAAGGCACCCGCCAUGGGCCCUUGCUUUAGGAACACCAGUUCUCGUUAUCGCCGGGCUGCUGCACCUCCUUCACGACUGCGUAAAGAAGCGAAUCAACAAGUUCAUGCAAGGCCCUACAAGGAGGAAUAGCGUUCUUUCUCUUCCACUCGCUAACAGCCGGCGGUGUUUUAGGAACACCAUUCAGGGAAACGUUGAAGACGACUUUGAGAAUUCGACCUCUGUUCUGGGCGAAUUUAUUGGAUUUACAGUGGAUGGUGGCCCCAUUGUCCGCUUCAGCGCUCCCAUUCCCCUGAAUCUCGACUCUGAUGGUGGAGCCGAGUUACUAGGAUAUUUUGAUGGCACUCGGCCUGUGAUAGCGUACCAGAAAGGAUCCAUACAGUUUGUGCCUGCGCCAUCAAAGGGAAAAGCACCUGAGCAGAAUGAUCCUCAGCAGCCAGAAGAGGAGAAAUGUGAGGACAGGAUACAGGUAGUCCUAUCGGAGACAGUGUAG